ACUUUUAUUAGGGGAUCAUGUCAACAGAAGAUGAUGGCAGAAGAUGUGAAUACCUCAUCAUGUAAAUUACAUCUAUGAGAUGGGAAACCUAUCUGGCUAUGUUAAGAUGCUUGCGCACUCUGCAUACUUCAAGGGGAUUAUUAUGGGAGCCAUCCUCCUGAACACUGUCACAUUUGCUAUAUCAUCUAGUCUUGAACCAUCAGAGAAAACGAUUAUCUACAUUAACAUACUAGAUGGCGUUGAUAGCUGUUUUCUUGCUCUUUAUUCCCUCGAAUUUGUCAUCAAGCUAUACAGUUAUGGUCGUGGUUACUGGUUCAAUGGAUUCAACUGCUUCGAUUUUGGAGUUCUAUUAUGCUCCUUAAUGCAGUUGGUGUUAUCUCAAACUGAGGCUCAGAACCUUGGAGUCAUCAAAGUCAUGAGGUCUCUUCGAGCUCUCAGGCCACUAAGAUCAAUUUCUCUUAUCGGUGGACUGCAGGUAGUUGUCACAGCUCUCAUUGCCACCUUCACUGGCUCUUUCAUUCACAUCAUCUUGUUACUCUGCCUAUUGAUGUUUGUCUAUGGAAUCAUGGCAUUCUAUGUGUACGGCUAUGAUACUGCUACAGAUACAAGCAACGAGUUCUGGGGCAGCUUUGGGAAGUCGUACCUUAGUUUGUUCAUACUGAUAACAGCCGAGGGCUGGACUGAUGUGAUGAAAAGUCUUAAGAAUGGAAGGGAAAACUUCGGAAUGUACUUCUUCAUCAUCAGUUUUCUCUUCAUUGGUCACUUCAUAUUUGGCAAUCUUUUUGUUGCAGUUGUUAUUGAGCAAAUCGAUAGAGCAACGGCUGGCUACCAAAAGAGGAUUGAAACGAAAAAAGCAACAGUUAUCUACAAUAAAAAGAAAAAAGCCAAAGUCGUUCAAGAAUCUGAAAUAAAACACAUCAUUAAUCAAAUGAAGUCAGGGGAUUUCAAGAGCUUUCCCAGAGCAGUGCUCGAUAAAUACAAGCACGUUAGAAAAGACGAGUUCUUUAUUAAACAAGACGUUAAAUGUGUUCCUUUAUGGGUUGAGAGUUUCAACCUGGAAUACAAUAAACUUGGUGUCCAUUAUAAGAUGAUCAGGGAUUAUCACUUUGAGGUGGUAAACUGUUUGGGUAACCUAAUGAGCGAUAUGGACCAGUCAGUCCAAGUAAUGAUCAUGGAGAAACAAGCUGAAGAACAGGCAGUAUUUCGUCGCAGCUCUAGAAGUGCCAGCUUCUUAGGGGGCUUGAGACGACUCAGCCAUAGAAUAUCUAUAUUUGGCCCGAACAAAGGUGGACAAAAUCUUCUUGGUGAAACAAUUGUUAACGAAAAUCCAGCACUGGCUAUUGAAAUAGUAGAUUCUCAAGAGGGGAUUAAGGGAAGCUGUCUGAGUUGCUUUGGAUUCGUUGACGACUGUAGAUGUGCCAACCCUGAGAUUGAAGCACAAGCUCUUGAAGAAGAGAGAGAAGGUAGAACUGGGCGAUUGUACUCGACUAACACCACCAAAUGGUUUGGAGGCGAGCCACUUCAGGGCCCCAGACAUAGCACCUCCUCAAAAUCCUCAGCAAAAUCGAGUUACAAACGCAAUGAUUAAAGCCUACUAUGGCCAUGGCAUCCAUUAUUUGUCUAUUUUGUAAAAAUAUGUAUGAUAUGUGUGAUUACUUAUUCAAUUUUGAUGUUACCAUACUUGGAGUGUGGUAAUGGGAAGGUUUUUAAAUUUACAAAUAGAUAUCAAAAUUACCACUUUGGCCGUGGUGUACAACAUUUUCCCCAUAUCUCUUUGUUCCUAAUGCUAUAUCUAAUAGUACAACCGACAACGAAGAUACAAAUUAAAGUCCUGAUGAGGCACAAUUUGUAAUGUUCAUAUAAUCGAACAUUCUCUACUAUUAGAAGAGCUUAUAUUUUAUUUUAAAAUAUAAGCUUUUAAUUUUAUUGCUCUUUAAUGGGUUUAGUUACUACUAUUGUUAACUUAUAUAGUUUGAUUAUUACUAUUUUGUGUCAAUGGCUGUUUAUGAUUACAAGUAUCAU